CUGACGGUGACUAAUGAAAAAGCGAUAUAAAAAGUGUAGGUGAAGACUAAAAAGUGCAUCAAAUCCAAGUAACCCAACCCAAAUCAAAGAGGUCAGCGGGGAAAAAGAAGAAAGAAAGCAGCUUCGCCAACGUCAACGACUAGAUCAAGAAGAAAAAUCGAAAGGAGUGCUAAAAACAAGAUUAAAAGCAAGGACUAAUCGGCGAUACUCCCGUAAGCAAAAACAGAAACAGUAGCAGACGACGUAAACUAAUCAAGUAAAUAUCAUCACAAAUAAAACAAAGUACCCUUAAACAUGUCAUCCGGCGAAUUUGGCAAUCCCCUGCGCAAGUUUAAGCUGGUGUUUCUCGGCGAACAGAGUGUCGGAAAGACUUCGCUGAUCACACGCUUCAUGUACGAUAGCUUUGACAACACGUAUCAGGCGACAAUUGGUAUCGAUUUUCUUUCGAAAACCAUGUACCUUGAAGAUCGCACCGUUCGCCUACAGCUAUGGGAUACAGCCGGCCAGGAACGUUUUCGUUCACUGAUCCCAUCCUACAUACGUGAUUCCACUGUGGCGGUCGUUGUCUACGAUAUAACAAAUACAAACUCCUUCCAUCAAACAUCCAAAUGGAUUGAUGAUGUGCGCACGGAACGUGGCAGUGACGUCAUCAUUAUGUUAGUUGGUAAUAAAACCGAUUUAUCAGAUAAACGACAGGUUUCCACCGAGGAGGGCGAACGAAAGGCGAAGGAACUGAAUGUGAUGUUUAUCGAAACCAGCGCGAAGGCCGGUUAUAAUGUGAAGCAACUUUUUAGACGCGUGGCGGCAGCGCUGCCUGGAAUGGAUUCGACUGAGAAUAAACCCUCGGAAGAUAUGCAAGAGGUUGUGCUGAAGGAUUCACCUAACGAAUCAAAAGAUCCGGAGGGUGGUUGUGCCUGCUGAAGAUUCAAUGAAUGUAGUGAACGAUCUAAUUAAUUAAUAAUAUUAUAAUUGAAGUAGGGGCGAUCGCUUAAUGAUAACUUAACAGUAUGAUGACGACGUAGACGAGUAUAAGAAAGCCUAAGAAGAGGAACACAAUUUUAUCUUUAAGUUUAUUUAUAACGUAAAUAAAACUAAAACUUAUUAACUGAAAAAUUAAAUGAUCGUAACGAUAAAGGUAGGCGCAUACAAGCAUUUAAUACGAAGAAACGAUUUCUUCAAACUGAAUGAGUUUAGAGUUGAAAUAUUUAGAAUGAAACCAGAGUUGAAAAUAUCUGAUUACGCUAUACAAUUACAAAGCUUGAUGGUUGGUAGUUGGUGGUAUUGACAAGCAGCUGUUGUGUAGUAAAUUGAAAAAUCAUACGCAUAGUUAAGAAAGUUUUUUUUAAAUUUAAUAAUAACUGCCUACAUUGUGCACAUUACAUUUGCAUAUUUGCAUGUUGUAGUUGUGUUCCCUAACUCGCAAGAAGUUGCAAGAAUUUACAGGAAUUUGCCAGAAAGCGGUCCCUACUCGGUUUUCUCGGGGUCUUUUGCCUUUUGACAGUUUUACAGAUUUUAACCCAGAAAAGUUGGGGAACGCAACUAGUAUUGCUUUGAGAUUUCCAGCAGUCGUUUUUAUAUAAACUUUAUUGAAGAUCUAUUGCAUAAAUUUAGGUGCAUGAAUGCCGUUAUCGCCCAUUUUAUUUACUAACCGAAGCUUCUUGGGUCUAUAAUGUACUUAUAAAGCUAGAUAAAAUCGUUAUUUACUGAAAUUCAGUAGUAACUGUAACAGAGUGAAUAAAAUAUUGAACAAGUGUGCACAUAUCUUUUGAUUGACGGGAGCUCCCAUAUUUACCAAACAUUCCCUUUUCCUGUUUUAUCAUGGUGGAACGUUUUUCUGUAACUUGGCGUGUUUUUAACAAGCUUUGGUAUAGAUAACGUUUAAUUUAUUUCCAGUCCAUAGUAAACACUACAACGUUCUUAUCAGAAAUUUGUUCCCUAAAUUUCGAGUAUUUCUGUGAAGGUAUUAAAAAAUUUCAUAUUCUUUUGCAAUAUAAGCGCAAGCGAUCAUCUAUAAAAAAUAUACAUACAUGGGUGUUAUUUCUAUUUUCAUUUUGCAAAUCUGUAGAAAUCUAUUUUGAGUACCAUUUUUUUAUUUCGUUAACUUUUCAGUACCUGUUACUGGCUAUGUUGAUGAUUUAAUUUUUAUUACUAAUUUGUACAUAUAUACAAUUUUAGACUGCGCUGCUGUUGUAGCUCUGCAAAGUAAAUUUAAUUAAAGCGUAUUGUAACCGGCUGCCACUAUGUGCUCAAGCUUAUGAAGUUGAAUAUAAUGCAUCGCUUAAGAGAAUACGAGUAGUUAAUUACAAUCGAGACAGUAACUAGUAUAUUAUUUUAAAUACAAAAUUACAUUACAUUUCAGCAGAAAAUUUCAGCGAAGAAAAUAAAUAAUUAUAAAAAAUUUAAAGUAGAUACAAAUUUAUUGGUGGCAUCUUAUGAAAGAUAUGCAAAGCGCAUUUAAUAAAAAAAUAAAAAUAAAAUGAUUUGCUUCGUAUUAGUGGCCACCAAAACCAAUUUUAUAACGCAGCUUACAAAAUGCAUGCAUAUGUACAUAUGUGCACGCAAUGAAACAGAUACAUACAUACAUACGUACAUAUUGCGAUAAAUGUAGUAAAACGCAUGAAUGAAACUUUAAGCGACUACAAUAUGUAUUCGUAAAGCAGUAUGUACAUAGAUAUAUGAAGAAAAAUUAAAACAUUUUAAGCAAAUUUAAAAUUAAGUUAUAGCAUUUGAAUGAUCAGUGGGAAAUUGCACUUGCUACGUGAACAUAUUUUUAAAGGAACAACAUAUUUGCAAUAAAGUUUUUUGAAAUAACCUAUAAUGAAGUAUUACAAGUUUUCUAGUUAUUAUAUAUAUGUAUGUAUUUAUAUAAGAUGUAUGUAUACACAUCGUUUUUAAGAAAACAAUUUUGCCUUUCUGCACCUUUGUGGUCCAAAUACAUACAUUCAUCAUUGUUACAAUUGUCAUGCAAAGAUUCCAAGAACUUCUGCACAUCCAAUCCUGAACAUUUUUUGGGGUGAAUACUCUCGGUUUUAUAGUCGAAUUUUGCUAGAAGGUAUCGUCAGUGUGUUGCAAUACUUCCAACCAUGUUUUUUUUUCAAUAAAAUAAUUCCCUGUCUAAUGGAUGGGUAUUAUAUCGUA